AUGGAUAAAUGGAAGCAAGGACAGAUGGAUAAAACUGACCUGAGCACCCCUACUGCUCCCUUUCUAAUACCAACAGUUAUAGUAUAUGACCAAGGACAACAAGGAGCCUAUCCACCCAAGGUAUGUAACAAGGCAUUCUUCCAUGCAUGUUGGUUUUCACACAUUAAAGGCUGGAUACCCUGGUUAUAUAAGAAACUGGAGCAGAUCUUACAUUAAGUGACCCAUUGUUAGAAUUUGUUAUGGAGGCACUUAUGCCACAGGAACUGAUGCUGAGCCGAGCAUGAUAGUAAAUUAACAAGGCGAAUUUAGGGGCAAAGCCAGAAUCAGGUAGAGAUCAGCUCAGGAGGAAAAGGUUCUUGAACAGUUAAACAGGCAAAGGGUCAGGAAUCAGAUCAGGAGCAAUCAACUAGCAAAACAGUUCACAGUAGAGUAGUCACAAGAACAUCUGAAUGUUGUUACAAGACUAGGGUGGUCUAAAAUAGGGGAGGCGAGAUAUGUUUCCUCCGCUCUUGUGUCCUAUCUGGUAUUUGCAUUCCUAUAGCACUGUUUAUGGACACAGUCAACAAUUAUUACUAUUACAAUGGGUGGACUAACAGACAAGUAUUUAUAACAAUUGGAAUUGAACUCACAGGAACAGAGGGUGUUGAGGGCCCUGCUCAAAUUAGUUUACAUUCUAGAGGGAGUGGGGGGUAAAGUGACAAAGGAGGUAAGGGUAAGGUGUAUUUAUGUACGGGACCAUGGCAUGGCCUCCUCAAAAGAUGCUGCUAAAGCCACACGGCACAGAGGAUGAUACCAAACACCUUAUUGUCAGCAAGGAGAGAGACAAUGCAGUGGAUCCAACCAUGCGAGUGUCGUUAGAAGGACAGCUUGGCCCUGACACCCAUAUAAAGCAGAGACAAUGAAGGACUUUAGCUUGGUUUAUAACCGCCUUUGUUUGCCAAGUUGUGGACCCCAAGUUUAAGUUGAAAUGUAAAGGAUACAGCACUCACUAGAGAGCCAAGGUGUACCGGAUCUGAGGAUGUCCAAGCCACACUUCUAGAUAUAUGAAAUACUUUAUUGGUCCAGGCACUCAAGGUAAUAGCGAAAAUAGCAAAUUUAUUGGAGCAAAAACAGCAACGUUUCGACCCAGCAGGUCUUUAUUAAGCUGAUAUAAAGACUCGCUGGUCGAAAUCUUGCUGUUUUUGCUUCAAUAAAGCUGCUGUUUUGGCUAUUACCUUUAGUGCCUGGACCACUAUUUUAUUUCAUAUAUUAUUAUGAAAGGGCAUCUCUAUUCCUUCCAUAUCUAGGGAUUAUACCUGCAUGUAAAAAUAUAAAUAAUUAGGUUUCCCUUAAUGGAAGGCUACUUCAAAACCAUUAGGGAGGCUGUGAAUAGACUAAUAGCAGCUACAGCAUGGCUGCCAUCAGCUUACCGAGCAUUUCAAACUAUCUACUGUUGAGUGGAACUAUGAAGCUGAAGCAGGGGACUGAACUACAUGUCCCAUAGAAUAAAACUUUAUCUGAUAACAAAAAACAGACCAGAAAAGGUGGUUCUUUAUUGGUAGAGCCUUCUUGGUUUGGGUGAACUCUGAAUUCCGAGUCUGCUUUCAGUAUGAAAGCAUGUUCUGCUUUAUUAUUUUUUUGCAUAAUUGAAUGCAUUUUCUAUAUAAUGUAAUACAUGUACUACUUCAAACCCUAGAAUGUCUCUUUUAAAUCACAAGGUUGUAGAAUAACCUAGUACUUAGACUGAGUCAAUAACUCUUUCUCAAAAAUAUACACAUACUGUCAUUGUGUUUACUGUUACUUAUAAACCUUCCCUAAAGAAGUAUGAACCACUUGACCUACACAACUGUCCAAAGUAGGAGAAGCCAUGAAUUAACUUAAGAGUCACACUCACUACAGUUAGUUUUUAGUUCAGUAAUAAAAAAUAUGAAAUUAGUUGUGGAGAGUAUUUGGGGGCGGUCAAUAAGGAAAGAUGCUAAAUUGAUAACCCUCAUUAAUAAAUUAAAAACUUUAAAUAUUCAUAAGGUCAUCCAGACAAAAACAAGGUUUAUUUACUAAACAGUGAGUGGUGGUGAAUUAACAAUGAAGAUAUAAAAUAGAGACCAAAAUAAGAAAGAGAAUAAGUUAGGAUAUAAUUGUGAUUGAUCUGCCAGUUUUGUUGUCUUUACAUACAUUUUAGUUGGUUGUUGAGUGAAUAGACCAUUCGAGGUAUAGGUUUUAGGAUUAAUAGAAAAGGAAAUCACUAGAAGAAAUAUAAUGUGUAAACAUUUACUAUGAUUUUCUUGAUUUCUGUUUAAUAUAAGGAUGAAAAGUAUCUUUAGUUUUGUAUGUAUUUUAUUAAGUAUUUUAUAUACUCAGUGAUCAGACACAAAUCUUUCUGAGGGCGUUCAAAAAUAUUGAUAUAUUAAUGUACAUCCGUUUUACUCCCCAUUUACAAUAAACCAAUCUUAAAUUGUAUUUCUUUAUUGAAACAUUAAUGAAACAAGAUAUUUUUUCACAGUCUUUCACAGUGAGUUGGGCGAUUUAAUAAUAAUAACAUAGAAUUUAACCAGGAAAGGUACAUUCGGAUUACUCUGGUUUCCAGUACGUCCUGGGGAUGUUACUUUUGCCCAACUUCCAGGGGACAACAGAGCUGUGAAAAUUUGGCCAAAAUACAUGCCAGAAUGUUUGGGGUGUGUUGCAAGGAACAUCGCUGUUCUGAAUUUUACUUAAUUUCCUAAUAAUAAUUUAUGCAACUAAAAAGUAAUUUAGAACAAGACUAAUGUAUCUUAUUUACACAGACUGAUUUAUAAACACAUUUAUUGUAGUCAAAAUACACAUUACUGGAAGUAUUAUUGCUUUGGAGCUCUGUUAUACACUCAGACAUAGUAACAAUAUGGGGCUUCUAGAACAGAGGGUCAUUAGAAUAGAAAAGAGGGACAGAAGGAUUUGGGUCCAAAAUAGGGACUGUGCCUACUAAAUAGGGAUACUUGGGAGGUAUCAAAAUAACUAAACUGGCAAAACUCUCCUUCUCAUCUCUUUUUCCAGAUAGCCUUUGAUGACUUACUGUUCUCUGUCCUGCUGAAGAGAUACAGUUUCCUGCCGGUCACUAAGCAGUUAAGAGAAAACAACAUUCAAUGCAGCUGGGGUGCUUCGGCAACCCUGGUAGUGUUCCGAGGAGAUACUGUGCUAACCAUCAGGAGCAGAAGACCAUAUGAAAUUCCUGACUCCCCUGCAGCUCCCACAUACAUGGCCCAUGGCACUGGGUGA